UUCUUAGAUGAGAUAAUCCAUCUUGAAGGACGUGGUCACAAGGGGAUACUUCUGAAUUGCCAUUGUGGAACCGAGGACGCCAUACAUCUUUACCGUUGUAGAGAUUGUUUUGGGGUCGAAAUGGUCUGCCAGAUGUGUGUUGUUGACCGUCACUUAAGCAAUCCGCUUCACCGCAUAGAUCUAUGUAUUCUUUGUUGUUAUGUGUGGAACGGCAGCUUCUUGGAGAGUAUUGCAUUAAAGGCUCUUGGACUGCGCGUGCAGCUCGGCCAUACCCCCAGCGAGCACUGUUACAAUGCUCAGCCAGUAUCUUGCGAUGAAUUCACAGUAAUUGAUGCACACGGCAUCCACGAUGUCACAGUCAACUUUUGCGGAUGCAAAACUGCACAGAUCCGCUACAAGCAACUUCUACGAGCUCGGUGGUUUCCAGCUACUACAGCUGACCCAUGGACAGCAGCAACCUUCAGCAUCUUGGAA